CCCCUCCCAAAGCUCGCCCCGCUCCCAGCUAGGGUUUCCUCUUCCCAUCCACAGCCGCCGGGGCGCCGCCGACGAGGACAGCGCCGCCACGAUGUUGGAGUUGCGUCUGGUGCAGGGGAGCCUCCUCAAGAAGGUCUUGGAGGCGAUCCGCGAGCUGGUCACGGACGCCAACUUCGACUGCUCCGGGACCGGGUUCUCGCUGCAGGCCAUGGACUCGAGCCACGUCGCGCUCGUCGCGCUGCUCCUUCGCGCCGAGGGCUUCGAGCACUACCGCUGCGACCGCAACCUCUCCAUGGGCAUGAACCUCAACAACAUGGCCAAGAUGCUCCGCUGCGCUGGCAACGAGGACAUCAUCACCAUCAAGGCCGACGACGGCUCCGACACCGUCACUUUCAUGUUCGAGUCGCCCAAGCAAGAUAAGAUCGCGGAUUUCGAGAUGAAACUGAUGGACAUUGAUAGCGAGCACCUCGGAAUCCCGGAUUCCGAGUACCAGGCCAUCGUCCGCAUGCCUUCUGCUGAGUUUAUGAGGAUCUGCAAAGAUCUUAGCAGCAUCGGAGACACAGUCGUCAUCUCGGUGACUAAGGAGGGCGUGAAGUUCUCCACAUCUGGAGAAAUUGGGAGUGCAAACAUUGUCUGCAGGCAGAACCAAACUAUUGACAAGCCAGAAGAGGCUACCAUUAUAGAGAUGCAGGAGCCGGUUUCCCUGACCUUUGCCCUGCGGUACAUGAACUCCUUCACCAAGGCGUCUUCACUGUCUGAGCAAGUCACUAUCAGCCUGUCGUCCGAGCUUCCAGUGGUGGUCGAGUACAAGAUCGCUGAGAUGGGUUACAUUAGAUUUUACCUGGCCCCCAAGAUCGACGAUGACGAGGAGAUGAAGCCCUGAUGGCCUGUGACGACAUAAUGCUCGUGUUGCCUGCUCUUCCUUCCAGCCGUUGUUUGCUUAGCUACUCUUUGCAAGCGAAGAAGGGAUGUGAUGUGUAUCUCUUAGGCUAGACUGCUUCAGCUAGUUUUCUGUGACUGCUACAUGAAUCCAUGGAUUACUGAUUU